AUGGGUGAAGCCCAAUCUCCCAGUCCGAUUUAUAGGCGGACUCCUUUUGGAAAAGAUAUGUUGAAGCAUUUCUCAAUCGAUCCGUCUUACGUCAACAUCAACCACGGCUCCUUUGGUGCCUCUCCUCUUGCAAUCCGAGAGAAACAAAGAGAAUACCAAGAUCAAGGAGAAGCACGUCCUGACAUAUAUAUUCGUUAUACGUACCCUAAACUCUCGGAUAAAUCCCGAGAAGCGAUUGCCAAACUUCUGAACUGCCCGGCGUCGACUGUUGUGUUUGUACCAAACGCUACUACUGGUGUGAACGUUGUUCUACGUAAUAUCGUGUGGAAUCGAGAUAGCAAGGAUGAGAUCCUUUAUUUCAAGCACAUUUACGGCGCCUGCUUAAAGACUAUUGAGUAUGUAUGCGAGGCCACCCAUAAUGUUGUCAAUCCUCGUCAGAUUGCCAUCACAUAUCCAAUGGAAGAUUCAGACCUUCUCGACUUAUUCCGGAAAGCCAUCAAGGAUUCCCGAGCUGCGUACAAGCGACCUCGAAUCGCCAUCUUCGACACCGUAUCUUCGCUUCCCGGCCUCCGAAUGCCAUUCGAGGCUCUCACUGCCAUCUGUAAAGAAGAAGGCGUCUUAUCACUCAUCGACGGCGCACACGGAGUCGGUCAUAUCCCAAUCGACCUGACAGCCAUAGACCCUGACUUCUUCGUCAGCAACGCUCACAAAUGGCUCUUCGUUCCUCGUGGCUGCGCCGUCUUCUACGUCCCCGAGAGAAACCAGGCAUUGAUACGCUCGUCUCUCCCUACAUCCCACGGCUUCGUACCCAUCAUAGACAAAGGCGUACUCAACGUCAUGCCCUCUGCAAAAAGCACAUUCAUCACGCAGUUCGAAGCCAACGGCACGAUCGACAACACCAACUUCGUCGUCGUCGACGAAGCCAUCAGAUGGCGCGAAGAGGUCUGCGGGGGUGAAGCCGCCAUCAUCGAGUACAACACCAACCUUGCACGCGAAGGUGGGAAAGUCGUAGCCAAGAUUCUCGGGACUGAAAUCUUGGACAACAUCACGCAUACUUUGACAGAUUGCUCUCUCGUUAAUGUUCGCUUGCCACUGGAGAUCGGCGAGGAGAAGGUUGCAGGCACGAACACGAUCAAACGGAAGCUUUUUGACCAGGUGCCAAGGUGGAUACAAACGACUUUAUUUGCGGACUCGAAUACAUUUAUCCCGAUUUGGGCUUUUCAGGGACAGAUCUGGGCGAGGUUGAGUGCUCAAAUUUACUUGGACAUUGGGGAUUUUGAAAAGACGGGGGAGGCGUUGAAGAAGGUAUGUGAGAAGGCUGGGAGUCAGGAGUCUCUGUAUUGA